CAAUAACAGUUGGUGGUACUUUGUAUCCAAAACCUUCAAAGGCAAGUUGAGUCUUUAGCGCGUUUUGGCGCAUCAAGCUCUUGAGUAUAUCGGAGGUUUCAUAAGAGGAGCACAACGCGCUCCACUUUUAAUCACAUUAGGAGCCUUUAAUGUUCAAUCCUGUUUUUUUUUUUCCUUCCCUACAGUAGCGGUGCAGGAGUGGCCAAAGCCUAAAGCAGCGAUUCAGAUCAGAUUUCACCUAAACCAGCUGGGAGAGAGACCGAGAGAAAGCGAGAGAGAGGGUUUGUCAGUCUCCCUCCUCCCAAAUCCAGAAAAGCUUACCAAGGAAAAAGGAGGAGUGGGCUGGGAGAGAGACACCGAGGAAUCCAGAGGAAUUUCCGAGGAUAUUUUCUCUUCUUUCUUCCCCCCCCCUUCCCCCUCUUGAUAUUAAAAUUUUAAAAGUUGGAGUGGAGGCAGCAGGGACCGUGGUCAAGGAUGGACGAACAGCCUCGGCUGAUGCACUCCCACGGGGUAGGCAUGGCCGGACACCCCGGCCUGGCGCAGCAUAUGCAGGAUGGCACGGCAGGGACGGACGGAGAGGGAAGAAAGCAGGACAUCGGAGACAUAUUACAGCAAAUAAUGACCAUCACAGACCAAAGCUUAGACGAAGCACAGGCGAGAAAACAUGCACUCAACUGCCACAGAAUGAAACCGGCUCUCUUCAACGUCUUAUGUGAAAUAAAGGAGAAAACAGUGCUCAGUAUUCGAGGUGCCCAGGAGGAGGAGCCUCCAGAUCCCCAGCUGAUGAGACUGGACAACAUGCUGCUGGCGGAGGGCGUGGCCGGACCGGAGAAAGGUGGUGGGUCGGCCGCUGCGGCCGCCGCAGCGGCAGCCACCGGCGCCAUUGGCGCCGACAACUCAGCAGAACACUCUGACUAUCGGGCCAAGCUGUCUCAGAUCCGGCAAAUUUACCACACGGAGCUGGAGAAGUACGAGCAGGCGUGCAAUGAGUUCACCACCCAUGUGAUGAACCUGCUGAGGGAGCAGUCUCGAACACGACCCAUCUCGCCCAAAGAGAUCGAGCGCAUGGUCAGCAUCAUCCACCGCAAGUUCAGCUCCAUUCAGAUGCAGCUGAAGCAGAGCACCUGUGAAGCUGUUAUGAUCCUGCGCUCACGCUUUCUUGAUGCCAGACGAAAAAGGAGGAACUUCAACAAACAGGCGACAGAGGUCCUAAACGAGUAUUUUUACUCCCAUCUCAGUAACCCCUAUCCCAGCGAGGAGGCCAAAGAAGAGCUGGCCAAAAAAUGUGGCAUCACAGUGUCACAGGUAUCAAACUGGUUCGGGAACAAAAGGAUCCGAUACAAGAAAAACAUCAGCAAGUUCCAAGAAGAGGCCAACAUGUAUGCAGCGAGGACUGCAGUCAAUGCAACCAGCGUGUCCGCUCACGGCAGCCAGGCCAACUCCCCAUCUACUCCCAAUUCAGCAGGUUCUGCUGGCUCUUUUAACAUGUCAAACUCCGGAGACUUGUUCAUGAGUGUGCAGUCCCUCAAUGGGGACUCGUACCAAGGGGGUCAGGUUGGGGCCAACAUACAAUCCCAGGUGGAUACCCUUCGCCAUGUUAUCAGCCAGACCGGAGGAUACAGUGACAGCCUCGCAGCCAGCCAGAUGUACAGUCCACAGGGCAUCAACACAAACGGUGGCUGGCAAGAUGCUCCGACUCCUUCGUCAGUGACAUCGCCCACAGAAGGACCCGGAAGCGUUCAUUCAGAUACUUCCAACUGAAUAUAUCCAUCUCUACACUCCAUCCACAAAAAAACAAAAAAUGUAAAAAACAUGAACUGACGUUGCUAUUCGCAGUAUUGAAAAAAAAGAAGAAGAAAAAAGGAAUUCACUGCCCCACCGUACGGCGAGGUACCAUGAAAUCCUAACCAGAAAAAUUAAAUAAUAUUUCCUCUGCUUAUAACGAUGGACUUUUGGGAUACAAACAAAAAGUUUCACAAUAAAAAAUAUUUCAAAAAAUUAAACGAUAUUGCAAUCAAUGGAGAUGUUUGUACAGAUUUCACAUUAUAAUCAGAGGGCUGGGGUUCCUUAUUCACUCGUAAUGUUUUCGCUCAUUAUGACGAUAAGAUAAAGCAAAGAAAUAAAAUCAUUGGUUUUAACUGAAAAUACUUCAUUCUACCUCUCAGCCACUUAAAAAAAAAAAAAAAAGUAGAAAAAUGUCAGUGACCAUUAUUUGUUUUGUAAAAAUGAAACUUUUGUCUUUGCGAGCAAGAGGCACAUCUUCUUACUUACAUUUUGUUGUCUCUCACCUAUUCUAUGGUACGCCAUUUAGACUUAAAUAUUGCUCAGUUGUUUACAAUGUGUGCUUGACAAAAAGUAUGUUCAUCUUCCCCUCGCUGUCUCCGACGAGUCAAAACCAAGUUCUGUCAGGAGAUUUUUACCUCUAAGGUAACCCUGUGAAGUAUGUUAUCUGUAAAACAAUAAAUAAAUACCUGUCAUCAAA